AUGCAGUUGUACUGCCUACUCUUGCUCGGCUUGCUUGGCUGCGCUGCGGCUGCUCCGCGUGGCUACUACUACGAUGACUACAAUUAUGCAAGACGUCGCGCUGCGCCCGUUUCGAAUUACAAUCGUUAUAGUCGUGACAGCAGCAAGGCAACGGAUAAUUAUAAUGCCAAGUUUGCUGGUGCGAGCAAUCAGGAGCUGGAUGAUCUAAAUGCUGAUGUGGGCGACAGCAAAACGCUGCUGCUCAAGAAGAAAUUGAAAAAGAAAUUGAUCAGACAGCAGGCAGCAGCUGCUGCUUAUGGCCACAAUCGACCGUGUUUACCUUAUGGACGCGCUGCCAAUGGCCAGCAGGAUGCUGUUGAGCAAGGACGCUUUCUGUUUGACUUGAAUGUAUACAAUGUGUAUCCUGGAGCGGGUGGCUGUCGUGGCUAUGGCGGCGGCUUGGGCGGAUUAGGUGGUUAUGGCGCUGGCUUGGGCGGUCUAGGCGGCGGCUUACUAUCAGAUCCCGUUGCUCCAGUUGCACCAGUAAUACCUGUGCGUCCAUAUGCACCAUUUGCCACUUGGUUGUCGCUCUUUGCGCCUGGCAUACUGCAAAACAGUCUGGCAGCCACUGUGCCCGCUGUGCCGCUGGCCGAUCCACUAGCUGUGCGUCCUGCUUCUGCUGCUGCUGAUGAUUUGCAAAGCGAUCCCGCUGUAGAUCCCCAAUACAAUCCGCAGCCAGUGCGUCGACCUGUGCCUAAUCGCGUCUACUACGACUCAGCAGGCGCGCCGCCAGUUACGCCAGCACAGCUUGUGGGCGGAGUGGCAACAACAGUUAAUGGCAUCAUCCAACAGCUUACGGGUCAAGUGCAGCCGGUCUAUCAAACAGGUGCCUAUCGCUCCAGAAAUCAUCGCAGUAGUUAUGGCUAA